GCACAUUACUGGCCAGAAAAUUUUCUCACUCCCAGAUUCCGAAAAUCCUCUUGAUUUCUCUCUAUCGAUCACCGUCUCGAAUUUUUCUUCUACCUAUUUUUCUCUGUCACUCGCCUCUUUUCCCUCAUGCUAGCUUUGCAAAACAACUUCUCUUUCACCAUUCUAUCAUCCAUUUCGAGCCAUUCUCUCUCUGCCCGUCGUUUUAACAAUGACAAUGCUGCUCCAAGAGUUGCAAGACCUGCACUGAGAUUCCAGGAAAUCCCCAUCGAAUCCCUAGAAUUGCAGGCCAUGAGCGACAAGACCUCUUCAAGCAAAGGAGAGGAUAAAACCACACAGACGGACACUGAACAUGGUGUUCGAAAUGCCAAGGGAGGUGAAGAAGAAUUUAAGGGAAUAUCUGGAAUUCGAGUUCCGAGACGCGGUUACAUCUCCGUUUCCAAAUCUAAACUUCUUGAUGCCGUACUGUCCAUGUUUGAUUCGAAACAAGAUGUAGACGACUUCGUUCGCUUAUCCUCGUGCUUGGACUCAAUUCUUCAUGCUGAGCAUAAAAGUAUUCUAGAAGAAAUGCGAAUUGAUUAUUGCCUUAUCCAUUCUAUUGAAAGCAAUGAGAGUACUUGUGAGAGUUUAGCUAGAUUAGAAGAAGAGUUCGUGGCCAAUGGGGAUUACUCUGAAUCAGCCUAUAACAGCAGAUAUGGGGUUGUACCUGAAAAAUGCAUGCCUUUCAAUUAUGGCUUGGACUUGGGAUCUCUAUUAAGUUCAUCCUUCAAAAACUUAAGAAGAAUUUCCACCGGAGGGUCGAGAGUUCCUCUUGCCGCUCGUUUCCAACGCACUUUCAUGAAACUUCUACAUGAUGGUCAGUUUGAAGAGCUAUCAAAAACAGAUUUGUUGUUGGCAUCUGCAUUGAACACUGAUUAUCUCCUUACGCUGCCAAUAUAUAUUGAUUGGAAGAGAGCAUCUGAAUCCAAUGCAAUAAUAUUCAGGCGGGGAUAUACUACUGAGAAGCAGAAGGGUUUACUGCUUGUUGAAAAACUUGAUUACUUGCAAUCGAAACUUCUGCAAGGGAUAUUCUUCAGUCUAUCUAAACCACUUGGAAAAGUUGGCAUGUGGAUAAAUGAGGCACUGAAGAAUGGUACUCAGGCACAACAAUUUAAAGCUUGGAUUGAGAAACUCAAUCUUUGGAUGAAAGAGUUAUUUUUUUCUCGAUGGUCAUAUUCUUAUGAUGGAAAAAGCAUACCUGAUAACCAACUGGGAGCUGAUCAACCAUCUGAUAAUGACCUUCCUAUUUGGCUUGCAGCACAAAGGGCAGUGCCUCGUUAUGAAGGUCUUUUGUCAUCUAUUGGGCCCCGUGAGAGACUCUUAAGAAAGUUACUUAUGUGGAUUGGAAUGAUUCCUUCUAUUCCAGAAACAUCAAUUGAACUUGAGAUGGAUAGUACAACUUCUGAACCUUAUUUAAGGCCAAUUUUCUUGUCUAGGAUAUCACUUAGUGAUAUAUGGAAACCAGCCACAAGGGAACCUUGCGGAAAUGAUAUUUGGGAAAUGCUGAAAAAUGCUGUAUCUAUUCUUUUCUCACAGUCAGUUCUCCAGGAGCCAGCCUUCCAAGAAUUGAUUUUACUUUAUACUGAGGAUAUGCAUCAACAUGAUAAAGCUGAAGCUUCUUCUUUGCAGCUGAAGAUCUAUGAGAAGAUCCCUAUUCCAGAUCUUCCAGUUAUUUUUCCACACAAGAAGCUGUCUUUCCGUAUCUUAGACUCGGUACGGUUGGAUGUUGCAACUAUACUGGGCCUAUUGGCAUACUUUGUAAAUUACAAAUUUGAGGACAUUCUGUCAUCCCCGUCAGCUUUCUUGCUUGAUGUGAUUGCAAUCAGUACCCUUAUUAUAUACAUAAUUCGUGUAGCACUGGGUUACAAGCAGACUUGGGAUCGAUAUCAAGAUCCGUUGUUACAGCUUCUGGUCAACAAGACACUUAACGAGAAAACCUUAGCAAGUGGCUUUGGCUCAAUUCACUUUCUGUUGGAUGCCUCUGAACAGCAACAAUACAAAGAAGCUAUUUUAGCUUAUGCAGUUCUGCUCCAAGCUAAUGAGGAUGAGGUCCUUUGUCGUAAAAGCAUCGGGAGCUCAUGUGAGAUGUUUUUGUACGAUAAGUUCAAGGAAAAGGUUGAAAUGCCGGUUGACAAAGCUCUCGAUACAUUGCUGAGGUUGGGCCUUGUAGUAGAGGUUCUUUCUAAUGGGAGCCCAAGGCUGCAUGCUCUUUCAUGUUUCGAGGCAUGCAAGGCCCUUAAAAAACGUUGGGACAGCCUACUCAUGUAAAAGAUGUUUGUCUUUAUGUUAAUACAGGUAUAAUUUUUCUGUACAUCCUGUCAUGUUUUCCUGCUUUCAUGCUGGUAUUUAAGGUUGGGAGAAAUCUAGCAUCUAAUGAGGACGAGGGUUGUGUGAGUCGUGGCCCGUGGGGGUUCACAGAUCAGCAAACUGUUUGGCUGAUAGACUUGCUAAACAAGGGGCUAACAGAGAAUAAAUGUACUGGGGAACAACAAAUAAGAACUAUUUGUAAACUUGAAAUGCAUGCAAGGAGGUUAGGUGGUGAAAUACCAACCUAACAAAAGAUACGUAUUGUACUUAAUUAUUUUUUCACAAACUAAUAAAGAUUAUAAUUAUCUAUAAAAAGAUGUUUGAACUGAAGGUUCAUGACUGUUGGAGAAUGUGUUAAUGCGUCAUGG